UAUGCUAUUUAGAAAGGAAUAUUGCAUUUAAAUAAAAGACCUAAAAAGCAGUAAUCAUAAAAUGGAGAAGUCAAUGAAGUUUUUAUUUCUAUAUAUCCUCUUUGCACGGAUAUAUGCAGCAACAGCCCUCGGGACAAAGACAAGGGUACAUCCGUCGAUAAACUCGUCAGCUCAAUAUGAGCAAGCUUUAAAUGAAUGGGAAAAUUCUGCAUCAAUUGGUUUUUGUGCCAGUUAUGGUACUGAGAUAGACCAUAUACUGGAUACUCUCGUUAAGAACGACAAUACCAAUGCUUUAAUAGGAAACCCACUUAACUUUUUUUCUAGCCAGCGUGAGGAUAUUAGCGACAAUCUUGACACUGGGAAGGAUAAGAUUCAGAAGACAGUUGCGGAGUGCACGUUGACGCAUGAGAGUACCUCUGGUCUAUCGAAGAAGACGGUCUAUCUAUCGUUAAAGGACGCUGAAGAUUAUGGUAAACGAAUUGAGGACGCUAAAAAGCGUAUGUUAACUACAUCUAUGGAGGAAUCUCCAGUUAAGCAUUCUAUUGACCUCAAGUGCAAGUCAGUGGUCAUAGCGGAUGACUCAAAGCGGUGUCAAGUAUGUUUGUAUGCAGAGGUUGUGAAGCCUAACAAGCACAUUAGAUAUGGCCACAUGGGACAAAGCAGUGUUUUGGAGUGCUUGAAUGGCUAUGACACUGAGGUAACCGAUGGAUCACAGCGUAGAUCCUACUUUAUUAUCUCAUCUGCUAACUACCACCCAAUAUGCAUUGCAUAACUAUUUUAAAUUUUAGCUACUCUGUUGUCUAGUUCCCGUAGGCGCAUGUA